AUGAGCAAUACCUUCGAUGACAAGACACAGGGGGCGAACGUGACGAAGAUGUUCCCAGAGCGGGUGAAGCAAAAAACAUUCCUAAUCGCCGGUCUCAAACGAGGCGAUCUCGCGGCCACAACGGCAGACGCCCUCGCCCACGGUGGCGCAAAGACCAUAAUAUACACGGGCCGCUCCAAGUCCGAACUGCAACCUGUGAUCGACCACAUCAACCGGAAAUACAAAACGGUCGAGAUGAUCUUUGUGACGGCCGAUCCGGGCAGCCUUAGUUCAUUCCGCGAGGCAGCUCAUACGAUCAAGACCCUGGGCGUGUCGAUCGACGGGUUCAUUGGGUUUCCCGAUGUCAUGGCUGUACCGUGGGAACUCACGGCGGACGGAGUCGAGUCUCAUUUCCAGAAGAACUACCUAUGUUAUUUCCUGCUGUUGAAUCUGCUGUGUGAUGUUAUGGGACAUCGGUCGAGAGUUGUUCUGGUUACGUCUAGUUUGCGGAAUGAGGCGCCUGCGCCCUCGUGGGAUGAUUUGGAGUUUGAGAAUGGAGAAAAUUACCACAGUCUCGAUGGAUAUUCGCAGUCGAUGCUCGCGAUCAUCUUGUUUAUCAAGUCUAUUGCGAAGAAGUAUCGCGGAUCGAUCGCUGCGUUUUCUGCAAAUCCUGGAAUUACCAAAACCAACGUUCAGACAUAUGUGGCAUGGGAUGAGAUCAAAUCCUGGCUGCAGCGAAAGAAAGAAGCCGGUGAGGAUAUACCGGUCCUUUUACAACAAGCGCCGAAAUCCCUUGCGCAGGGGAGUGCCACAGUGUUGCGUGGAUUGCUCGAUCCGGAGCUCGAAGGUGAGAUAACCAGAUAA